AUGUUAUGCUGUUGGGCUGGAAUAUUGGACACUCCCCAUAUUCAGAGACUGAAGCCCAUAUACUCUAAUUAUACUAAUCUUCGACCCGCACACAGUCGUCUUGCCCGUCGUGGAGGUGUGAUACGGAUGCAGAAAGAUGUCUACGACACCAUCCGGGCGGUCCUGAUCAUCCGUUUGAAGGAGAUUAUUCGAAGAGUUGUUAUUUUGCUGGAUGGUACGAAGUAUCCUGGCAAGAAGCGCAAGACUGUAAAUACCCAAGAUUUGGGAAAUCCUGUCUACGGUUUCGAAUAG